CCGGAGGAAUUUGGCAUGAAGGGAAAAAAACAUCACGUACGUGUUACGGGAAGGCCUACAGCUAGAGAAUGGGUCGACAUCAUACCACACUUUUCUUCAAGGGUCUUCAUCCCUGCCUUCUCACUGAUCCUGGAGGAAAUCAAAGUAAUCUUUCCGAAUGCAGAACUUAAAUAUAGUCGUUUUGUUGGGUCAGCCUCUCCAAUCCGGUUAUGUGCGCCUUGCCCAGUUAUGGGAUACUCUCAAGCUUCGAUGGGAUCUAGCCUUUUCAACCAAGGUAAUCUUCUUAUACGAAUGGGAGCAAUGUGCUAUUUCGCUCGGUUAGAGGGAAAGUCCUGGUUACCCGUUGCAUUUGGCAAGAUGUCCUUCAUUGAAACACGCGAAGCCCUCGGAACUUAUAUAUCCGAUCGCGUAGCUUUUUACGAAGCCUUAGAAAGGGGUCUAAGCUCUCUACUUGUUCGAGGAAACAUUGUGAGGCCUGAUGCAGGAAGCGAAAGUGUUGCAAGCGCUGAUGAAAUUCCCGACUUUAAAGGAAUGCUGACUGCAAUUUACUUGCGGAAUCUAUCGGAUGCGAUUCACCAACGCUUUAAUUCGACCAGCAAGAGCACAGCGAUCGUAAAGGCUGGACGCUAGCUGAAGCCAUGCACACGAACAUCGGAUUACACCCUGGGCUCCCGAUCGCGCCCCGAAUCGCUAGGAACACUUGCGACGGACCAAUCUCGGUCUCCCGUAAAUGGGGAGCAGCAAUACCACUGUAAACGAGAUAAUUAAGCUUUCAAGACCUAACAUCUUCAUCUCCUCGAAAAAGACUUCCCCCUCCUCACUUGAACUUACCUCAGU